GUUUUGUCAAAUUUCUGGCUUUGCAUGAGCUAUUUAGAGGAUGAUAUCGGAUGGGUUUUAUGUUUUCUGCAAGUUUAGAAACUGAAAAUACCACAAAAGUUGUGAAGUUUCUUCAAGUUUGAAGUUUAUAUUUGUUUGCUUCUUCAGAUUAUGGGUCUACAAUUUCAACUGUUUGUGCUGUGUCUUUCAAUCCAGUUUAUGAUCAUAGCAGCUACAACUAACUCAGAUGAUGCUGCUGCUUUAAAUUCUCUCAAGUUUAGCUGGAAGAAUUUUCCACCUAGUUGGCGGGGCUCAGAUCCUUGUGAUGAACAUUGGGAAGGAAUUCGGUGCACCAACUCACGUGUGAUUUCCAUAACAUUAUCAGGCAUGAGAUUGUCAGGUACUCUAUCCGGAGACAUAACAGCUUUAUCGGAGUUACAAACUCUGGAUUUAUCCUACAACAAGGAUCUGGGAGGAUCUCUUCCAGCAGAAAUUGGGAAUUUGAAUAAGCUAACAACUUUAAUCUUGGUAGGUUGUGGUUUUUCUGGGCCAAUUCCUCACUCAAUUGGAUCUCUAUCCAAGCUGGUCUAUCUAUCUUUAAAUUCGAAUAGUUUUUCUGGACAAAUUCCUCCUUCUAUCGGUAGUCUGUCUGAACUUUAUUGGCUUGACCUAGCUGACAACAAACUUACCGGGACAAUCCCAGUCUCAAGUGGAGAUUCAUCUGGCCUGGAUAUGCUAGUUCGUACCAAGCACUUUCAUCUUGGAAAGAAUCAACUCUCAGGCACCAUCCCAGAAAAACUUUUCAGCCCAAAAAUGGUUCUGAUACAUGUGCUAUUUGAGAGCAACAACCUGACUGGUACACUUCCUGUCUCCCUUGGACUUGUGCAAACUUUGGAAGUCGUACGCUUCGAUAGGAAUCGAUUGAGUGGAUCUAUUCCUUCAAACCUCAACAAUCUUUCACACGUUAAUGAGUUGUUUUUGUCCAACAAUAGAUUGACUGGUCCCAUGCCUAACCUUACUGGCUUGGACUCCCUUUUCUCCUUGGACAUGAGUAAUAACAGCUUUGAUGCAUCUGAUUUUCCUACAUGGUUUUCAACGUUGCAGUCAUUAACAACAGUGAUGAUGGACAGUACUCAACUGCAAGGUGAAGUUCCUCCUGAAUUUUUCAGCCAUCCCCAUCUACAAACAGUGGUAAUGAGAAACAACCAGCUUAAUGGCACCAUGGACAUUGGCAGCAGCCAUAGCAACCAGCUGGAAUUAGUUGAUUUAACAGAAAAUCAAAUUUCUGGUUUCACGUCAACAACAGGAGCAGACAAUGUUGACUUCAUACUUGCAAGUAACCCUAUUUGUGACGAGUCAGGUGAAACAAAAGAUUACUGCACACCCAACGAAGAGAGUCCCACUUAUUCAACACCAUCCAACAAUUGUAGGCAAGAUUCCUGCAGCUCAGAUCAGAUUUCUAGCCCCAACUGUCUGUGUGCUCACCCAUAUACAGGAACUCUAGUCUUCAGAGCUCCUUCCUUUUCAGGCUUGGGAAAUAUCACUUACUUUACAACACUUGAGGUAGAUAUGACAUCGGCCUUUCGGUCUUAUCAACUUCCUGUAGAUUCAAUUUCUCUGAGUAACCCACGCAAGGAUUCAAAUGAGUACCUCAAUUUGAAAGUUCAAGUAUUUCCCCCAUCUAGUGAAGAUAGUUUCAAUCGAACAGGAAUUUCUAGUCUUGGAUUUGUCCUCAGCAACCAGACUUACAAGCCUCCACAUAAUUUUGGACCUUACUACUUUAUUGGUGAUCCAUAUGUACAUUUUGCUGGAUCGGCAUCAAAAAAUUCUAUAAACAUUGGCAUUAUCAUUGGAGCAGCAGCUGGUGGUUGUGUCCUUCUGUUACUAUUAAUCUUUGCUGGGGUUUAUGCACAUCGUCAAAAGAAGAUAGCGCAGAAAGCAAAUGAGCAGAACCCUUUUGCACACUGGGACCAAAACAAGAGCAGUGGUAAUAUUCCUCAACUGAAAGGAGCAAGAUGCUUCUCCUUUGAAGAGGUUAAUAAAUUCACAAACCAGUUUUCAGAAGCUAACGAUAUCGGAUCUGGGGGUUAUGGAAAGGUUUACAGAGGAACUCUCCCCACUGGAGAACUGGUUGCCAUUAAACGAGCUCAACAAGGAUCUAUGCAAGGUGGACAGGAAUUCAAAACUGAGAUUGAACUUCUAUCAAGAGUCCAUCAUAAAAAUCUUGUUGGCCUUUAUGGAUUUUGCUUCGAACGAGGUGAACAAAUGCUGGUAUAUGAGUAUGUUCCAAAUGGCUCUCUGAGGGAUAGUCUAUCAGGAAAGACUGGAAUCAGAAUGGAUUGGUUAAGAAGACUUAAAGUAACCCUUGGAGCAGCCAGAGGCCUGGCCUAUCUGCAUGAGCUUGCGAACCCUCCAAUUAUACACAGGGAUAUCAAAUCAACAAACAUACUACUAGAUCAACGCUUGAACGCAAAAGUUGCUGAUUUUGGUCUGUCUAGAGCUAUGAUUGAUAGUGAUAAGGGUCAUGUCUCUACUCAAGUGAAGGGGACAAUGGGUUACUUGGAUCCUGAAUAUUACAUGACACAACAAUUGACUGAAAAGAGUGAUGUUUAUAGUUUUGGAGUGCUGAUGUUGGAGCUAAUAACCGGAAGAAGGCCGAUAGAGCGAGGAAAGUACAUUGUAAGAGAGAUAAAGACUGCAAUGGAUAAGAAAAAAGAUCUGUAUAACCUAUAUGAACUUCUUGACCCAACCAUUGGUUUGGGUACAACACUGAAAGGUUUUGCAAAGUAUGUGGAUUUGGCAAUGAGUUGUGUCCAAGAAUCAGGAGCUGACCGACCUACAAUGAGUGAAGUGGUGAAGGAGAUUGAGAAUAUUUUGCAGAUUGCUGGUCUGAAUCCCAAUGCAGAAUCAGCAUCUACUUCAGCAAGUUACGAUGAUGCAAGUAAAGAUACUUUGAAGCACCCAUAUGGCAAUGACGAGGACGCAUUCCAAUAUAGUGGUGGCUUUCCACCUUCAAAGGUUGAGCCUCAAUGAGUAUCACUUGAAGUUUUCAAUGUUGAACUUGGUAAGAAAUGGACGUCCCUAUGUUUCGUAUUUACUUUGGGUAGAGAAUGCAAUUUGGUUUGGAUCAACAUUGUUGUUUGUACUAAAUGACUAGAAGUGCAAUUUGAGAACUUUGGCUGUGACUAUAUGACAGAAAAAACUGUAUAAGAAGAGCAUUUUGUACUUCUAUUGGAGUAGCCUUCUCUAUUACAUUAAGCAUAUGAUUUUUGCUUCUUUUGCCCAAAGGGAGACUGCAGAAUCUCGGCGUAAAUCUGUUAUCGGCUCUUUUGAUUAAGUUGGUUGUAUUCUAUUAUUGAAAAUAUAAUUCUCUUCUUCUGUUUUU